GCGCGCGAAUUUAGUACAAUCUAACCCAUACAGCACAAAAUAUUCUACAUAUCCUUAGGACAUCUUGGGGAGAUCUCGAUGUCCUCAGAACAUCCUUGGGACACCGAAAUAUCCUCGAUGUCCUGAGGAUAUCCUGAGGAUGUUUUGUGCUGUAUGGGUAACUGAUCAACUUUAGAUCAGGUACAGAGAUUGGUUGUCAUGGUAACGGUAAGAUGGCAGCGCUCAGUGUAUAUACAACUGUAUGUAAUUCCAACGUCGUAACAUACGUAUUGCAGUGCAAUUUUACGCCGAGUUAUAUAUAGCCGGAUAUAUUCUCAAUGUCGGACUGUGUCGGAUCGAAUUGCAGUCACUCUUGCAGAGAUAUAUCACUUGAUAAUAAGCCAAAGCAUGUAAGACGCUUGAAUUUCGGACAAUCAAUCCUCGAACUUGAUGCCAUGGAACAGUGCUAUGCGUCAAAUCACGUCCUUAUAAUUGAUCAGAAUGUUGCUCACAUACCGUGUACCGAGAAAAAGGAUUACGUGCGUAAAUGGAUCGAGACUCACGAGAACGAUGAGCGCGACGUAAUAUCGAGCGAUGAUUCAUCCCGGUCAUCUCCCAUUCUAGGAACAUCGGCGAUUAAGGCUUCCAAAACGUCGCCGAUCCUCAAAAACAGCAGGAAACGACCUAGGGGAAAGAUCCGUAUAAAUAGACACGUUAAAGUGAAAAAGGUGAGCGAUGUAGAUUGCCAGGAGAAUGCAAAGUGUGUUACAAAUUGCGCAAUAAAAUAUAAGCUAGAUUGUGGAAGCAAAGAGAAGAAUAAGAAUAAUCAGGAGAAUUUCAGCAAGACCCAAUGCACAUCACCUUGCACAAAAAAAAUGGUUACUGAUGAGACAUCUCCUAUCAUCGGUCCAAAAUCUUCAAAAUUACAUAAUAACAAAAUUAUAAGUAUAAAUAUGAAUUCUGUGAUAUUACCUGAUAAAAAUUGUAGCGCUUUAAAGGAUAUAUCUUUAGAUGACAAACUGAAAACAAAUUUAAACAUCAACUAUAUUACAACUACUCUCUUCUCAACUGAAACAAAAAGUCCAGAGAUACAUCAGGAAUAUAAAGGACCAUUUUCAUCAGCAACACAAAAAGAAUUGAGGUUUCAAUAUGACUCAACUGAUAACACUGACAAGGAUAAUCCAAAGAUAGAAAUAAGCACGAGUGAUGAUAGCAAAGAUGAGAAAUGCAAUAAACUUUCAAGUACACAUAGCAGCAGUAACAAUAAUCUGAGUAAUUUGAUAGAAGAGAUUGAUACACAGGAAGCUACACAAAAAUCUCAGUUUUCAAUGUCAGAUGAAUCUUCAACUCCUUCAAAACAACCAUUUAUGCCGGCACAAUUAGCUACUGACGAUUCAGAUGAAACUUAUUGCUCAGAAGUAGAAAUAAUGCAGGAUCAAAGUAUACAUCUAUCUGCAAAGAUCUCCGAGGUGCCAUCUUUGGAUAAAAUUACGCAAAAGACAGGUAGUAGGUCAACUCAAACUGAUGUGAUUAUUAGUACCAUAACUACUCCAUCAAAGAAGUCUCCAGAUAAAAGUAUAUAUGCACAUCUUCUGAAUUCUGAGAAGAAAUACCGCAAACCUAAAAAAGGAAGUUUAGUUGCAAAAUUGCAAUCUUUGGUCAAUACGCAAGUGUCUGGUAUUCGUAUAUGGCGUCAUCGAAUAAAUAAAGAGCAAGGUAUCGAUGAGCGAUUCAUCAGCGUACUUGUACGCAAUUGUACGAAACGGUUUAACAAUCAAUUUCUGGAUGGUGUCCUGAUUGAGGAUCACUUUAAUCUCCUACAAAGUAACACUGCGAUCAAGAACAUAAAAUCACAAAAUGUGGAAGUUGAAUCAAAAGAAGCCUUAUAUAAAAAUAUAAUGAUUUUGCUAGUCUGUGAUAUAGUUGGCACAUUAAAAAUUAUGUCGCAAGCUGUGAUAAACGUUUAUCCUCCUUGGAACAUCUUAGAUAAAGAUAAUCUUACCAUAGAAGUAAUGUAUAUAAGCAUAAGUGAUAAUCAGGAUGUACCUGAUAUUGUUAAUAAUUCAUAUGAAUGUAAGAAACGAAUUGUCAAAGAGUUUAAUUGUCCUUGUAUAGAAGAACAAAGGGAAUUGCCAUUUUGUUCAAGAAAGCCUAAUAGCGAUAAGCCUGAUGUAAUGCAGCGAAUAUUUGACUUCCCGAUUUUAAUCUGUUUUUUAAUAUUUUGUUAUAGUUAUACAAUUGCUACCGUAAAUAAACGAGGGAAAUUGAUAUUAGUUAUUGAACAAAAAGUCAUGUCAGUAACUCAAGAUCGUCCUGAAUUAUAUGAGGAAGUUAAGCUCUAUAAAAAUGCUCGGGAGAGGGAGAAGCAUGAUAAUCAAGCUGAUCUAUAUGCUGUGGUAAAUACGUUACAACAUUUGGAAAAGGCUUACAUCAGGGACUGCGUUACACCGAAGGAGUACACAGCAGCGUGCAGUAAAUUAUUAGUACAAUAUCGAGCAGCAUUUAAACAAGUGCAAAGUGAUCAAUUCCCAACUAUUGAUUCUUUUACUAGAGCAUUUCGAUUAGAUUGUCCAGCUGCCCUUGAGAGAAUUAAAGAAGAUAGGCCAAUUACGAUAAAGGAUGACAAGGGAAACACAUCCAAAUGUAUUGCAGACAUUGUUUCAUUAUUUAUCACGCUUAUGGAUAAAUUACGAUUGGAAAUUAAAGCUAUGGAUCAGCUACAUCCAGAUCUAAGAGAUCUUAUGGACACGAUGAAUCGUCUUAGCAUACUACCAAGUGAUUUUGACGGUAAAGAAAAAGUUGCAGAGUGGUUACAAACUCUUGACAAUAUGUCCGCCUCAGAUGAGUUGUCUGAUACACAAGUCAGACAAUUGAUAUUUGACUUAGAGACAUCUUAUAAUGCUUUUAACAAGAUACUUCAUAAUUCUUAAUUCUUUAAAUCUUUUCUGCAUAUUUUUUUGCUGAAUUGAGUUUUUACUAAUCUAAUAUCACUUAUAAUAUAGGCCUCGAUAUAUGUACAUGUGAUUAUGAUUUAUAGUCAAGUAGUAUAGAAAUGUUCAAAACUAUUGUUAUAUUUGUAUGUCUCAAUAUUACUCAUAUAUUUUAUUACGA